AUGCCCGCAAAUAAGGAAUCGUUGAGGUUGAUUGGUCUUGCAAAGUCAACAUGCACAACACGGAUCCUCCUCGUCUUUGCGGAGAAAAAAAUUGAGUUCAGUUUCUACCAGCCAGACAUGGCAAAUGGAGAACUCAAGACACCUCCGCUCCUCAAUAAAAAUCCCUUUGGUACGGUUCCCAUUUUGGAGGAUGGAGAAUAUGUCAUUUUUGAAUCCCGAGCCAUUGCACGUUACUUGGCUAUUAAAUACGCCAAUAUUGGGACACCACUAGUCCCUCCUUGGGAAGAUCUCAAGGCCUGGGCAUUGUUUGAACAGUGGGCAUCUGUGGAACUAUCACAUUUUGAUCCUCCUGCUACCACAAUUUACUUGCAAAAAUAUGUAUUUCCACUGAGAGGGAAAAAAACCGACGAAUUUGCCGUAACGGCGGCUCUCGAGGUGUUACAGAUGAAAUUGGACAUAUUGGAUGACAUCCUCAGCAAGCAACAGUAUUUGGCAGGUCAAACUUUCUCCCUUGUUGAUAUCUUUUAUGCACCUACUAUAAGUGGCCUGAUCCGUGCAGGGGAGACUGAGUUGAUAACUUCACGAUCACAUCUAAAUGACUGGUGGUUACGUUUCACGGCAAGACCGUCAUGGAAAAUGGUUUUGGAAGCAUACCACGCACACGAGCAAUAA